AUGUUGGCUAGAGAAGCUGAUGACUCGUGGAUUGACACUCGUCAAAGAUUGGAAGCUAUAGGUGAAGUGAUUACUUGGGCUGUGUUCACAAGGGAGUUCACGAGGAAGUAUUUUCUCGAAGAUGUCCGGGGAAAGAAAGAGAUGGAGUUCCUUGCGUUGAAACAAGGGAAUUCGACUCUAACUGAGUAUACUUCUAAGUUUGUUGAGCUCGUGAAGUUCUAUCCACACUAUAGCAAGGAGACAACUGAGUUUUCAAAGUGUAUCAAGUCUGAGAAUGAGUGGUGUCCGGAGUUUAAACGGGUGAUGGGAUAUCAGCAGAUCCGUAGGUUCGCAGAAUUGGUGAAUAGUUGUCAAAUUUAUGAGGAGGACAUCAUUGCUCAUUCGGCUUAUUACAAGAGUCUGAACAAGAAGAGGGGGAAAACCACAUCAUGA